UUAAGCUCCAUUGUUUUCUCUUCUUCCAUGCACGGUUCACCUAACCCAUGAAAGAUCUCUCCUUGUUUCUCUUGAAGAACUCCAUUGGAGCCACGAUGAAGAAAGGCAUCAGAAAUUUCUGCAACGGUGAUGGCUCGACCUCUACUCUCAACCAACACCAGACUGACCAUUCUGCUACUACGUCCUCUGACUUGGUCACCCCACCAUCCGUUGUUGCCUCCAAUGCUAACUCGACGGCCCGAAGCCCUCCAACAACGUUGGAGGAGAUGAUAUUGCGGUUAGAGUUGGAAGAAGAGCUUGCUAGAAAAGCAAAGCUCAAUGAAUACGGCGAUAGUCGAGCUGGCAGAAUGUCUUGUGCUAACAAUUCUGAUAUCUUACGAUCUGCCAGGAAUGCGUUGAAUCAGUACCCUCGCUUCUCUCUUGAUGGAAAAGAUGCCAUGUAUCGAUCGUCGUUUAGAAACUCUGAAAUCGUUGGAACCGGUGGGAGGAAGUCAGUUUGCUGUGAUCAUGGAUUGAGAGAGAGGUAUUGCAAAAUUGAGUUUGAAUCGAGAUUAGAGAAAAGUUUGUGUUUGCCAUCGACUUUGGGAGGGGAGAGUGUGAUCUGGUGCAAGCCAGGGGUGGUAGCCAAGUUGAUGGGAUUAGAGUCGAUGCCAGUGCCAAUAAGUGGUAGCAGCAGCAGCAGCAAGGAUGGGAAACAACGACUUAGUUCUCUGAUAAAGAGACAAAAUCUUAGGAGGAGAGCUGAAAGACAAGAAAUGGAUAGAAGACUUGCCAUGGAUAUGAGCAAUUAUGACGAUUUCAGGAGAGCGAGAGUGGGUUCCUGCUCAAGGGCAGGGUACUGCGUGAUGAAGCCAGUUGCUGUAGAGCCAGCCAAAGGUGACGGUGGUUGGCCAACCCGACGUUUUCUUUAAAUUGUGGACACGAUAGCAAUCACAACUUAGGAUAUCUUUAAUCUUGCUGUUUAUCAAUAUUAUUGCAUUUUGUUACUUAUUGUACAAUAUAUUUGGCAGAAAUGUCACAUUGCAUUAAUACUUUUUUUUUCUUUGUUUUAUGUAAAAAGCAAA